AUGGCCGUGUCGCUGAGUGCGGUUUUGUCUCUGGUUCUCUUGGUUCGUGGAGCUGCAGGGUUCGCCAUCCUCCCGGGAGAUGCCCUCAACCACCUGGAGAUCACAGAGAUGGCCAUUUUAAACACCGCGCUGCAGGUCUGCCGCGAUCUGGCCCAAUCCGAGGGGACGGACUUUACUUUACCGUCACAGCCUUACACGUUCAGUUCCGUGGCUUCGGCCUGCAAAUCCUCGUCAUCGUCCAAGUCUUUCCGUCUGGCCGUGUACCUGGUCACAUACAGGAACGUCAGGGUGGACAUCCAACACGCCCUGAACUCCAGCUUCCACUUUGACGAUGAGGAGUUCACCAGCGGAAGAGCCAUCAUCACCGCAGGGAUCCAGUCCAUCAAAGCCAGCAACAAAGAGGGAAACUACAACACUGCGAGACAAGAGCUGGGAGUGAUUUUACACCCACUGCAGGACUUCUACAGUCACAGUAACUGGGUGGAAAUAGGAAACACAGAACCCAACGCAAACCUGAUAAAGUCGGACACAAGCAUCGGGAACAUAGCAGCUAAAACCAGAGCCACGUGUCGUAACUGUAACGGAGACGACUGCACCAACAACAUCCUGGACGACAUCAUCGCAGAGAAGGUUCUGACGUCCGGAUACUUCGGGGUCGUUCCUAUCGCCUCAACCAAACCUCCGGGUAAAUGCAGUCACGGAGGAGGCGUGGACCAGACCAGUGACAUCGAGCCAAAAGGCGGCAUCAACAAAGACACGUUCAAAGCCAGUCACGGUCACCUUCACACCAAAGCCGCCAACCUCGCCAUCGCCGCCACCAGCCACCUCCUGCAGGACCUCAGAGCAGCUGCGGGCGACAGGGAGUUUCUACAGAUGAUGGGGAUCUCCAAAGGCUCCAGUAAAGCUCUGUGUUUUGUGAUCGACGUCACCAACAGCAUGAAGGACGACAUAGAAGCGGUGAAGACGGUCACCAACAACAUCAUCGACUCUCAAGUGGGAACCGACAACGAGCCGUCUCUCUACGUCCUGGUCACCUUCAGCGACCCAGACGUGGGACCUCUGAUCAAAACUUCAGACCCCAAAGUUUUCAAAGACGUGAUCACCCGUUUGUCUCCGAGUGGAGGAGGAGACGAGCGGGAAUUGGCUCUGUCUGGACUUCAGCUGGCUUUAACUACUGCUCCAUUUAACUCAGACAUCUUCCUUUUCACUGACGCUGGAGCUAAAGACACACAGUUAAAAAGCACCGUGAUCGCGCUCAUAGAGAGGACCCAGACUGUGGUGAAUUUCCUCAUCACAGAUUCACCAUCCACCAAUCGGCGCAGACGGAGCUUGCGUAUCACGGGCGCAGACGCACAGCUGUACAAAGACGUGUCUCAGGCCUCAGGGGGACUGGCCAUAGAGGUGUCCAAGAGCGAGCUGCCCACCGCCACCAGCAUCAUCACCGAGGCCUCCACCAACUCCAUUGUGACCGUCCUGCAAACAGCACGGAGCCCUGGAGUCACAGAGAUUUUCACUUUCACUGUGGACAAAACCAUGAGUAAAGUAAUUGUUUACAUGACGGGAAGCUCCAUCAGCGUCACACUCACCAGCCCCGCAGGUGUGACUCAGAGCGGAACGUCCGGAGUCCUGGUCAGCUCCUCGGAGUCUGUGGGGAACUUCCAGACGCUGAGGCUCAAAGUGGAAACUGGAGAAUGGACCCUGAAGUUGGCCUCUGCAAAUCCAUACACGCUCAAAGUCACAGGUCAGAGUGCUAUUGACUUCCUGGUCGACUUUGUUCAAGCUUCCCAAGGGCCCUUCGGAGGAUAUGAUACUCUUGAGACUCGGCCUAAAGUCGGAGUGGAGGGGAGUGUUGUGGUGACGCUGACUGGCAGUGACUCUGCGAAGGUGACGGAGGUGGCUCUGGUGGAGGCUCAGCGCACAAACUCAGUCUCUGGGACCGUGAAGGCCCAGGAGGGGAGCUACAUGGUCCACUUGUCCACCAUCCCAGCAGGACAGUUUGUGGUGCGGGUCAAAGGGACAAAAGACUCCUCUGUGUUCCAGCGCCAGUCCUCCACCAGCUUCACCUCCUCCAAUCUCACCAUCAGUGCCAGUGCAGACAGUCUGUUGACCCCAGGAACGCCCUUUGUGGUGCCCUUCUCUGUGUCCAGCGCUGAGGUGGGAGUAAACAUCACCAUCAGAGUCACCAACAACCGUGGUUUUGCCUCGACUUUCCCGAGCGUCUUGAUGAUCGACAGCGGGAACAGCACCAACGGCACCGUGACCCUCUCGGCGCCGCUCAACACACGCUCAGGCAGCGACGUGACCCUGACCAUCGAGGCCGAGACUCCGACCGGCGACGACAAUUUUGUGGUUCAGCGUUUCGCCGUCUUCAACACAGUCACAGACUUCUCCGCUCCCGUGUGCGAGCUCACGGGUCUUCAGUCCAACUGUUCCACCGACUGCAACUCAGACCAGUGGUGGUUCUCGGCUCGGGUCACGGACGGCGCUGACGGGACGGGGGUGAACCGGGUCAGCCUAAAACAGGGCGACGGGAACUUCACCGCCACCAAGGACCCCAACAACCCCAACAUCACCACAGUGUCCUACAGCGCGUCCUGCUGCGCGCCCUCCAUGCAGCUACAAGCAGUGGACAACGUGGGCAAUGUGGGCACCUGCUCUUUCUCUAACUCUAGUGUUGUGACUUCUCCAUCUUCUCUGGCCACAGGAACAGCGCCCUCUACUGGUCUACUCUUUCUAAACAUGAUCAUUCUUUUGUUUUCCUAUCUGUUGAAAUGA